AACGUGGAUCGAUCCAAUGCGCUUGCUUGGCCCCCUUGCGACGCUGGCGCUCGUGGCUUCUGUGCCGUCCCCGAUCUCCCUCCGUCAAAACGAUCGAGUCGUCGUUGUGGGCGGUGGGCCCGCUGGGGUCCACUACGCGUCCCUCUUGGUCAAAAAAGGGCUCAGGAACGUCGUCCUUCUCGAAGAGAACGACCAAGUGGGCGGUAAGUCCCGGACUCUCAUCGACAAAGACGGCAUUCCUCACGAGAUGGGCACGUGUUUUGCCAACGGGAUCUAUGGCCCCAUCUUCGACUUGAUCAACCAGUACGACCCGACCAACGAAAAGUUUGUGUGGGCCGUCAACACCCCAGGAUACAGUAAGAUCAUGGGCUCCAGUGUUGGUGCCGCAGACUCGGACCCAGUGAAAAAUUUGGAUUACCCGCACUUUCUCCUUCGCACGAUUGCGUUGAAUGCUCCCCCGGAGUUUCCAAAAAACGCCACUGUUGCCGAGCUUCAAGGUUUGUUUCAAUUGCAGCUUGGGCGGUACAUUGCCUUGCACAACGCCAUCUUUGGCAAGUACCCGUAUGGGCUGCCGCCGCCCCCCAAGGAUUGGAGUCUCGUCGACAUGACCGCCAUGGAGUUCUUGCGCCGCAACAACCUGAUGGCGCUGGAAGGCACGCUACGAUUUGCCCAACAACAGCAAGGGUACGGUGUCCUCGAGACAAUCCCGGUCUUUUACAUGCUCUGGUGGAUGCACCCGGACCAAUUUCUCAAAAAGACCAACGCGUUCUCGUUUCGCAAGGGGUACCAGCACCUUUGGUCGUCGAUCCACCAAGCGCAAAAAGGCAAGUUAAAGACCAUUUUGAACGCCAAAGUUACCCGUGUGACCCGGGGCGACGCGACGACCAAGGCGCGAGUGACGUACCAAGAAACCAAGUCGGGGGAUGUCGAAACGAUAAAAGCUGACCAUGUUGUGAUGGCCGUGGACCUCAGCUUGUACGGUGGUCUCGUGGCGGAUUUGGCUCCCGAGGAAAAACAGGUCUUUCAGACGGGGGACUACACGGCGUCGGCAUUUCUCACGUCGUUGUACGACUCAGACCCUUCGCCCGUCGAGACUGCCACCAUCGCCUGGUACAGCCGCAUGAACCAAGGCGGCCGCGUAUCGACCGUUCGGAAUUCCAAACUCUCGUACGUGUUUACCAACUCGACAGACUGGGGUGAGUUGUCCACCGGGCGACAAACGAAGAUCGCGUACCAAUACUACAACCAGCCUCUGGCCACAGUUGACGCAACCGCUUCCCAUAUCCAGCUCCGAGCCGACCUCAACAUGACAGCGUCCACGAACGUUCAAGUGAAGUCUCAGUUCCGCACCAACUACUUUCCAAGGUUCACUCCAGCGGGGCUCAAGAAAGGGCUGCCGUGGAAGAUUUGGGACAUGCAAGGUCAGCGUAAGACGACAUGGAUCGGCAGUAGUGUCUGCUUCGAGAGCGUCCUGGACGUGGUCAUUUACAACACCAACUUGAUUGCACAUGUUAACGUGACGGAGUCGUCGUCAGAUUAACACGAAUACCCGGUA